AGCUCCGAGUCAAUGUGUUCUGAAUUAGGGUUUCUUGGCGCCUCAUAUAUAAAAAGCCGAAACUAAAACCCCCUUGUUCCUUCGUCUUCCUCACACCACAGCCAGAAAGAGAGUUUCUCGCGUUCAUCACGUACUCUCAGAAAUGGUUACCUUCAGGUUCCACCAAUACCAGGUCGUCGGGAGGGCUCUCCCUACUGAGUCAGAUCAGCACCCUAAGAUUUACCGCAUGAAGCUCUGGGCUACCAAUGAGGUUCGCGCAAAGUCCAAGUUCUGGUAUUUUCUGAGGAAGCUCAAGAAAGUUAAGAAGAGCAAUGGUCAGGUCCUUGCCAUCAAUGAGAUUUUUGAGAAGAACCCAACCAAGAUCAACAACUAUGGUAUCUGGUUGCGCUAUCAAAGUCGGACAGGGUACCACAAUAUGUAUAAGGAGUAUCGUGACACCACUCUAAAUGGUGCUGUUGAGGCGAUGUACAAUGAGAUGGCUUCUCGCCACAGGGUUAGGUUCCCCUGCAUUCAAAUUAUCAAGACUGCCACCAUUCCAGCUAAGCUUUGCAAGAGGGAGAGCACCAAACAAUUCCACAACUCCAAGAUUAAGUUCCCAUUGGUCUUCAAGAAGAUUAGGCCACCAACAAGGAAGCUAAAGACCACAUACAAGGCCAAGAAGCCUAACUUGUUUAUGUAAUGUGGGUGACAAACGAGUUUACAAACUAUUCUAGUAUUUUAUUACCAGAUUUUGUUUAAGAAGAUUUAAAACUAUUGUUGGAUUCAAAUCUUUUAUGUUAUUUUGUUGGACGUGAUCUUUUUUGAUUAUUGAGUAGAAUCAAGCAAGUAUAUAUUGCUGUCUA